GUGAAGGCAGCACAAGAACGAGGGAGAGAGACAAACAGACUGAUGGAGACAGAGAGAAACUGAGUGAUAGCGGGUUGGUGGGUGUACGGAUGAAAGAGCUGGAGACCAGAAGAUGCUUCAGCUUUGUGAGUGUUUCCAGCAUCAUGAGGACGAUACAGAACAAGCUGCACAAACAGACUGACAUAUCAGCAGCUUCCUCCUGAUUUAAAUCAAGCAGGAUCACUAACCAACACAACUCUACUCAUCUGGAUCACACCAGAUCUUAACGACACCUGGAACAAAGGAAUACCAGCGAAACAAAGCAAACUAAAUAUAUUACACCUAAACUCCUCUAGCAUCUCUCUUUUUUUGAAGGUACGAUUGAACAGCUUCAACUCCAGAUGAACUAAUCUUGAUUUAACAAUAUGCUGUGGAUCACGUUGUCCACUGGGAGGCUGUUCUUGCGGCAAGAGCACAUGGAGAGUAACGUCGUAAUACUUUGAUUCACUGACUCGAUUUCUUUUUAAUGAGCUGGAAUACCUUCUCUCUGCCAAGAAUGAGAAGUUGAAUGAUGCUCAGCGGGCCAUGCCCUUCAACACCUGCACACUCUCAUAGACGAGCACAGGUUUGCUUCGAAAUCGAAGAGGAAUGCUCAUACUUAGAAUUCUGCAGAUGCAACAAUUCUACCUUCGGAUUUCAAUUUUUCUGCUUAUUAUCUCCGAGUUCUGAAGGAACUGGAGUCCCUUAGGAGAUGGAGAUGAGACCCAUGUGAGGUUGUCAGGUUGGUCAUAAAGCCUAUUGGUUUGGUGCAAAAAAUUUCAAGGAUAUUUGAAGGUUGGAGAAAAACAACACUUGUGACUGUUUGAGAAUGUCAAAAUUCAGAGCAAUAUUAAGACAUUGAGUGACUUUUGGAAAUCACAUUUAGAAAGUCAACACAACAAAAAAUGGCAGAGCUUGCUGGAUACAAUGGCAGCGAGAGCUUUGUGUUCUCAACCGGUCUGCCUUUCAACUCUACUGGUGACUAUGAGUAUUACGAACCCGAACCCGAUGCCAGCAAGAUCAUCAUCCCCUCCAUCUAUGCACUGGUGUGCUGCGUCGGCGUCACAGGAAACGCCAUGGUCAUCUACGUCAUCCUCAAGUACGCCAAGAUGAAGACAGCCACCAACAUCUACAUUCUCAAUCUCGCCAUUGCGGAUGAACUCUUCAUGUUGAGCGUCCCCUUCCUGGCGACCUCAGCCGCGGUGCGUCACUGGCCGUUUGGCUCGCUCAUGUGUCGUUUGGUUCUCAGCGUGGAUGGCAUCAACAUGUUCACAAGCAUCUUCUGCCUGACCGUGCUGAGCGUGGACCGCUACAUUGCAGUAGUGCACCCAAUCAAAGCGGCUCGCUACCGUCGCCCAACCGUCGCCAAAGUAGUCAACGUUUGCGUGUGGGGACUUUCGCUGCUUGUUAUUCUGCCCAUCAUCGUCUUCGCGGACACGGUUCCGGCGCAGGAUGGAGGAGUGGACUGCAACUUUCUAUGGCCUGAGUCCUCGUGGUCAGAAGCGUUUGUGGUCUACACGUUCCUACUUGGUUUUUUGCUCCCCGUGGCUGCCAUCUGCCUAUGCUACUGCUUGAUUGUGGUGCGCAUGCGAGCGGUGGGUCUGAAAGCGGGCUGGCUGCAGCGACGGCGCUCUGAAAAGAAGAUCACACGCAUGGUGCUGCUGGUGGUCGCCGUUUUCGUGCUCUGCUGGAUGCCGUUUUAUAUUGUGCAGCUGAUUAGUGUGUUCCGCAAGCCGCCGGACCCCAUGGUGACUCAGCUAUUUGUCAUUCUAAGCUACGCUAACAGUAGCGCCAACCCCAUUCUCUACGGAUUCGUGUCGGACAACUUCCGCCGCUCGUUUCAGCGUAUCAUUUGCUUUCGCUGGCUGGAGAACGGACUGGAUGCUGAGCAGGUGGACUACUGUGCUGUGGCUCUGCGGCGUCAGACCACAUGCGGCCCACCGGACUUUCCGAAGGAGUGCUUGGCCUCUGACAUGGUGUUUCGUAAUGGAACCUGUACCUCUCGUACAACCACUCUGUGAGAGGGUAUUCAGUGAGAGUCUUAGAGUUUAAAGGGAUAGUUGACUCAAAAAUGAAAAUCAUUAUUUACUCACUUUCAUUUCUUUAAUUUUGGGUGAACUGCCCCAUAAUCAUAUCAUUCAUUGAGACAUGAAGUGCAGUACUAAUUGGCAAAUGAUCGUUACAUUGUCUCAUAACAUUGAUUUUUAAGAAACAUGAACACAGAGGGAGACCAUUCUGAGCAGUUGUAAGCACAAUUACACAUUUGAUCAUUUCAUUUACAUUAAGUUAAAAUUAUUACAGUUCCCCAACAUUUCAUAAACAUGGUAAUUCAUACAUUUCUUGUCUUACAUAUUCAGAUAUCAAAUAUAGGUAUCUAAAGAGAUGAGGCAGUCCAGUGCAUCUGUAUAGAUGUUUGUUGAAUCUUUAAAUAUCUUUCAUUUCUAACUGAUGUGUAAACAUUGUUUUAAUUCAAAUAUGCUUAAGGGAAUGGUUAACGUCAAUCAAACACCAUGAUAUGGUAAUUAGGAUACAUAAAGGUACUCCUUAUGAAAGUGUGGUUGAGCAAAAUUUCAUGCUCAAAAUCCAGUCACGUUUCCUCACGUGAGAGAAAAAGGAUGUUAUGUCUCAGUUUGCCUUUAAAUACUACUGAAUGUCCAUCGAAAACUCUUUUUAUGUGGUGAAGAUUGGCCAGCAAGACCUCAUAUCCCCCAUACUGUUAAAUUUGUGAUCCUUAUGUAAUAAUGUUAAUUGUAGAUUAAUUGUGGAUUAGUGUUUAUAUGAAACAUAUGUUUAAAUGGUUAUAUGAUUAGUUUGUGGAUUCUAAUUCUGUGUACUUCUGAAUGCACAAUAUCACCAUAACAAAAUAUUCCAUUUGUUCUUGCUUACAUCAUUAUUUACUUCAUGUCAAUGCCCAAAUUUGACUUAGUUUACCCUGCUUUGAAACUGUGUUGUGGGUCCAAAUUGUUGAUAUUUUAAAGUAAAUUAAAAAAGACAAUAAAAGUUGAGUGAAUCUGGUCAGGCGUCUGCUAUUUGUCUGGAGCAGUGCUAUUGCAUCACAUAGUGAAGAAUUCUUUCAGUUGCAGCAGCAUGAUGAACAAGGUGCUCGCUGGAAUCGUAAUUAAAUUCACUCGAACUUGACACAGACGGAU